AUGGUAAAAUUGUCUGUAAAACCGGUAGAUGUCUUUGGUUUCCCAACGACAGCGCUGGGUGAGAGACUUCCUCCACAACGUACCUGGCUUGAGUGGGUUUUUAUGCCAAGACACAAACCACUUUUUCACCAUUUUAUGGCAAACGUAAGGGCCGGCUUGACAGUCUCCCUUGUGAAUGUGCCGUUAAGCAUUGCACUAGCUAUUGGUAGUGGUGCUACUCCUGAACAGGGUAUUGUGAGUUGUGUUUGGGCUGGUGCGGUGGCUGCCGUUUUGGGAUCUUCACAUUUCAAUGUUAUUGGUCCAACAGGUGCGCUUAGCGGAUUGCUGGCAUCUAUGGUUGCCUCCUACGGUGUUCCAGUGCUGGCUCCAUUAGCAUUACAGGCAGGAUUGUGGAUAUUUCUUUUUCUGCUUUUCCGUAUAAAUCAUCUUUUACGUUUUGUCAGCUCUGGUGUGGCCCACGGUUUUGGUUGCGGUGUGGCGAUUGUAAUUGCUGUUGGGCAGAUUCCUUCAGCGUUAGGUCUUCAAGGGGUACAACCUAAAGAGAAGUUAUUGGAAAAAUUAAUGGAGGAUUAUAGACGUAUAGACACUCUCAGCAUUCCAGACACACUGCUUUUUCUUGUGACUAUAAUUCCACUUCUUGUCUUGUCCAAGCGAUAUAAUAAGAUUCCGUGGCAAAUUGUAUUUACAUUAUUUGGUGUACUUGUGGCCCACUUGUUACCAAAAGGAUCUCUUGUUCUUCUGAGUAUGAAAUAUCCUAAUUUAUCGCUCAAUUUUUUUUCCUUUGUUUCAUUGGAUGAGUUGAUAGACUCAAAAUGGUUUGAUCCUACCAUUAUUCUCUAUGGAUUCGGUAUUGCUACGGUUGGACUGAUGGAGACUUUAAUAAGUUCACUUAUUGCGAAUAAUCACGUAGAAGAUAAGUCUUAUCUUAACUAUUCAAGUACUCGAGAUACCUUUGGAUUGGCAAUGGCAAAUGUUGUUAGUGCUUUUGUGGGUGGUAUUCCCUCUACGGCCGCUUUGGCUCGAACUGCAUUAAUGGUACACUCUGGUGCUUUCUCUCGUUUAUCUGGUAUUUUAUCAUGUGUUGCAGUAGCACUACUCUGUAGUCUACUGUUGCCUCUUUUCAGAGAACUACCAAUGGCAACUGUUGCAGCUAUUUUAAUGGUAGUUGCAUAUAAAUUAGUGGAUUUUCACGAUCUACGCGUUUUACAUAUUAUUGAUACGGCUAAUCUUUAUUCUACUAUAAUUACAUGUGCUGCCUGUAUACUAACAGAUACGUUUAUAGGUUUAAUGGUUGGUAUAUUUUUCAGUGUAUUGCUGAACUACAGUGAUGCGGCAGAUGAUGCUGUAUUGUUUGAAGAGGAGGAUGAGACCUAUGCAUCUCCACGAGCACCAGAACCAACUAUAUUCCGUGUACUUCUUGUACAACCGCAGGAAUCUAUUCUUUUUAUCAACGCUGAAAAAGUAAAGGCUACUAUAUUUGAGAAAAGCAUUGCAUUUCGUGAAUCCAUGCCACCUGGAACCAGAAAACGUCUUGUGCUUGACAUGUCGCACGUCACACGCGUUGACUUUGAUGGAACUAAAACUCUUGGCGCAAUUAUCAGCGCUCAUCGUGAGAAACGGUGGGCUGUUGAUGUGAUUAACUGUCAGCAUCUGCGUAACAGCCUUGUUCUCUGCACACCAUAUCAAGAUCUUCAGAAACUUGAGUAUAGGGAAUUGUAUUGA